AGGAAUCGCGGAGCAAGCAGCUGCGAGGCCCGAGAAGCACAUCCUGGGAAGGAAGAUGCGUUGCGGAUCCCUGUGCCGAUUCCUGUGGCUUUGGUCCUGUCUGUCCUAUAUUGAAGCCGUGCCCAUCCAAAAAGUUCAGGAUGACACCAAAACCCUCAUCAGGACGAUUAUCGCCAGGAUCAAUGACAUUUCACAACCGGGUGUCUGCUCCAGACCAAGGGUUGCUGGUCUAGACUUCAUUCCUGGGCCCCAGUCGGUCCGGACUCUGUCCGGGAUGAACCAGAUGUUGGCCAUCUACCAACAGAUCCUCACCAGUCUGCAUUCCAGAAGUGUGGUCCAAAUAGCUAAUGACCUGGCGAACCUCCGGGACCUUCUCCACCUGCUGGCCUCCGCCAAGAGCUGCCCCUUGCCCCGGGCCAGGGGCCUGGAGAACAUCAAGAGCCUGCGCGAUGUCCUAAAAGCCUCAGUGCACUCCGCAGAGGUGGUGGCCCUGAGCAGGCUGCGGGCAGCCCUCCAGGGCAUGCUUCGACAGCUGGACCGCAACCCUGGGUGCUGAGGCCUCAAAGGGCUCUCUUCCCAAAGUCGAGGAGAGAGCCCUGGGCUUCUGGGUGUCUCCAGGAGAGAGCCCGUGUGGGUGUCCUUUAUCUGGACCCCGGUCCAUUUCUCUCUCACACCUCGGCACCACUCUUCCAAAGGCAUAAGCCGCCAAGGCACGAAACCAAAGAUAGAAUGCAUGAUUCCAUACUCACCGGGAAGGGGGACCCACCCGGCAAACAGUGAACUGGAUCUGGGGUUCUCACAAGAGUCUUCCUUCCUGUGCCACCUCCCCCCUCACUGCAUGCUUCAGCGUGACCUGGGGUGAUUGCAGGAGGCACCCACCGAGCCUUUGGACCAUCAAGCAAGGUUCUGUUUGAGAAUUCUGGGAGCACCGUGAGGGCUACAUCCACAUAUAGCUGCAAACUCCAAGCAACACGUUAUUUAUUAUGCCUUUUAUUCUGGAUGGACUGGAAGGAAAACGUCAGCUUUUCCAGGCUCUUUGGGGCUGGUCAGAGCCAGGGAUGCUGGUUCCAAUCCCUUCGAUGGGCCUGGCUGAGGCAAACCCAUUUCUAGUGACUUGAGGGCUCUCUAGUUAGUUCUUUGGUAACUGGCUUUGUUUCUACUGUGACAGAUGUGAAAUUACAGUGUUUGCAAUGGCACUGCCCUGAGCGGAUCUCCAAGGACCAGGUUAUUUCAAAAAGAAUUAAUAAAUUUUGUCAUCUGUGA